AUGGGGAAAGUUACUAAAUCUACAACCGAGGUUGCGGAUACGAAAACUGGCUCAAAGAAAAGAUCAGUGGAUGAUGUGGAAGCAAAUGUUAAAGGAAACGAUGAAACCUUUUCUGUAGAUGGAUUAUUAGAUGGUGAAAGUGACAGUGACGAUGAAGCCUUUGAAUCAGCUCAAGAAGAGGAGGGAAAAUCUUUGCAGGAGGCUGAAGAAAAUGAUUCGGAUGCAGAAUUGAAUAAACUAUUAGCCGAAGAAGAAGGAGAUAGUGGCGAAGAAUAUAAUACAUCCGAUUUUGAUGAUGACAAUGAGGACACCAAGAGCUUAGUUGAUAAGCUAUCAGGUGUGAAGUUGAAGACCAUAGCGGAUCCUAACGUCUAUACUAAAUUUUCCGAUGGGCAACCGAGAAUCAUUAAACCAGAAAUUAAUCCCGUUUAUGAUAGUGAUGAUAGUGACGUGGAAACUAAAAAUACCAUUGGUAACAUCCCUCUAUCUGCCUACGAUGAAAUGCCACAUAUUGGUUAUGAUAUUAACGGAAAAAGAAUUAUGAGACCUGCUAAGGGAUCUGCAUUGGAUCAAUUACUGGAUACCAUUGAGUUACCAGAAGGUUGGACCGGGCUUUUGGAUCAAUCAUCAGGUGCUGCAUUGAAUUUAACCGAAGAAGAAUUGGAAUUGAUUUCUAAGAUUGAGCGUAAUGAACAAACCGAUGAUACUAACCCAUAUGAACCAUAUGUGGAUUGGUUUACUAGACACGAGGAAGUCAUGCCAUUAACUGCUAUCCCUGAACCUAAGAGAAGAUUUGUUCCAUCCAAGAAUGAAGCGAAGAGAAUUAUGAAGAUAGUUAAGGCUAUUAGAGAAGGUCGUAUUAUUCCUCCAAAGAAAUUGAAGGAACUUAGACAAAAGGAGGAAAAUGAAGAACAUUAUAAGUUUGAUCUAUGGGGUGAUUCCACUGAAACCAAUGACCAUGUCAUGCAUUUAAGAGCACCCAAGUUACCUCCUCCAACGAAUGAAGAAAGUUAUAACCCACCAGAAGAAUAUUUAUUGAAUGAUGAGGAAAAGAAAGAAUGGGAAAAUACUGAAGUUGCUGAAAGAGAGAAAAAUUUUAUUCCACAAAAGUAUGGUGCUUUGAGAAAAGUUCCUGGUUAUGGUGAAAAUAUCAGAGAAAGAUUUGAAAGAUCGUUGGAUUUAUAUUUGGCUCCACGUGUGCGUAAGAAUGUCCUUAAUAUAGAUCCCGAAUCGUUGAUUCCAGAAUUACCAUCACCAAAGGAUUUGAGACCAUUCCCAAUUCGUUGUUCUACUAUCUUUGCUGGUCAUAAGGGGAAGAUCCGUACUUUAUCUAUUGAUCCAUCUGGAUUAUGGUUAGCCACUGGUUCAGAUGAUGGUACAGUUAGAGUUUGGGAAAUCUUAACCGGUAGAGAAGUUUAUAAGGUUUCUUUGAUAGAUGAUACAGAAGAAAACUCCGAUGACCAUAUUGAAUGCAUAGAAUGGAAUCCAGAUAAGGAAACCGGUAUCUUAGCUGUUGCUGUUGGAGAAAAUAUUCAUUUGAUUGUUCCACCAAUAUUUGGGUUUGAUAUUGAAAAUGCAGGUAAGACUAAGAUUGAACAUGGGUUUGGGUUUGAUACAUUUGGAACUGUUAAAAAAUCCAAUAUGGAAGUCAAUGGGAGUGAUGACGAAAAUGAUGCUGAAGCUAACAAUGUUGCUGCUGUCAAGAAACAAAUUGCUCAAUGGAAUAAACCUAGUCAAAAGCAACUGGAAAAGGAUAUCUGUAUUACCAUUACAUGUAAAAAAACCGUCAAGCGUCUUUCAUGGCAUAGAAAGGGUGACUAUUUUGUCACUAUUCAGCCAGACUCUGGUAAUACAUCUGUAUUGAUUCAUCAAUUAUCCAAGCAUUUAACUCAAUCACCAUUUAAGAAAUCGAAGGGUAUAAUUAUGGAUGCUAAAUUCCAUCCAUUCAAACCUCAACUAUUUGUUUGUUCUCAAAGAUAUAUUAGAAUCUAUGAUUUAUCCCAGCAGACACUAGUAAAGAAAUUACUUCCAGGUGCACGUUGGUUAUCCAAGAUUGAUAUACAUCCACGAGGCGAUAACUUAAUAGCAUCCUCAUUUGAUAAGCGUGUCUUGUGGCAUGAUCUUGAUUUGGCCAGUACUCCAUACAAGACAUUAAGAUACCAUGAUAAGGCUGUGAGGAGUGUUAAUUUCCACAAGAGAUUACCACUUUUCAGUUCAGUGGCAGAUGACGGUAACAUCCAUAUCUUCCAUGCUACAGUCUACGAUGAUAUGAUGAAGAAUCCUAUGAUUGUGCCCUUGAAGAAACUAACUGGUCAUAAGAUAAAGAACAGUCUGGGGGUUCUAGACGCUAUCUGGCAUCCAAGAGAGGCAUGGUUAUUCUCUGCCGGUGCCGAUAACACUGCACGUUUAUGGACAACCUAA